GUUCGGGGAGGGGGUUGCAGAAGGAGCUGAGCGACUGCUGCUCAAUGGCGGAAAAGCCGCCGGUGCUCUGACCGCCUCUUCCCCCUAGCAGUUGCGGGGGAGUUUCCUGCCGGCGCGGCUGGAGUCUCUGUUUCUCAAGGUUUGGUGGUUGGAAGAUGCUCCAGAGAGACGAGGCUGAGGCGGAGGAGGUGGCGGCGGCCGAAUCGGCAACGGCACUAGGGUGGAGAGAAGGCGGCAGCGGCGGCGGCGGCGGCGUGCGGGGCCCGACGGUGUAAACAGCCCGGAGGCGGCGGAGGCGGCGGCCGAGACCCCGAGGGGGAAGUAGCAGCCGAGGCAGGGUCGCGCCUCCGUUGGAAGCCUGGGCUGAGUGCAGUAGGGGUCUCUGCGGCGGCGUGAGCAGACGCCCUAGACCUCGCCUCACUCGCUUGCCCCAGAUCCAUUACUAACCAUGGGUGCAUUUUUGGAUAAACCCAAAACUGAGAAACAUAAUGCUCACGGUGCUGGGAAUGGCUUGCGCUACGGCCUGAGCAGCAUGCAAGGCUGGAGGGUGGAGAUGGAAGACGCACACACCGCUGUCGUCGGCAUUCCUCACGGCUUGGAAGACUGGUCGUUCUUUGCAGUUUAUGAUGGUCAUGCUGGAUCCCGAGUAGCAAAUUACUGCUCAACACAUUUAUUAGAACACAUCACUAAUAAUGAAGACUUCAGGGCAGCUGGAAAAUCAGGAUCUGCUCCGGAGCCUUCAGUGGAAAAUGUCAAGAACGGUAUCAGAACUGGCUUUUUGAAAAUUGAUGAAUACAUGCGUAACUUUUCAGACCUCAGAAAUGGAAUGGACAGGAGCGGUUCAACUGCAGUGGGAGUUAUGAUUUCACCGAAGCAUGUCUACUUUAUCAACUGUGGUGAUUCACGUGCUGUUCUGUAUAGGAAUGGACAAGUCUGCUUUUCCACCCAGGAUCACAAACCUUGCAAUCCAAGGGAGAAGGAGCGAAUCCAAAAUGCAGGAGGCAGCGUUAUGAUUCAACGUGUUAAUGGUUCAUUAGCAGUGUCUCGUGCUCUGGGGGACUAUGAUUACAAGUGUGUUGACGGCAAAGGCCCAACGGAACAACUUGUUUCUCCAGAGCCUGAGGUUUAUGAACUUUUAAGAGCAGAAGAGGAUGAAUUUAUCAUCUUGGCUUGUGAUGGGAUCUGGGACGUUAUGAGUAAUGAGGAGCUCUGUGAAUUUGUUAAAUCUAGGCUUGAGGUAUCUGAUGACCUGGAACAUGUGUGCAAUUGGGUAGUGGACACUUGUUUACAUAAGGGAAGUCGAGAUAACAUGAGUAUUGUGCUAGUUUGCUUUUCAAAUGCCCCCAAGGUCUCAGAUGAAGCAGUGAGGAAAGAUUCAGAGUUGGAUAAGUACUUGGAAUCACGUGUUGAAGAAAUUAUGGAGAAGUCGGGUGAAGAAGGAAUGCCUGAUCUUGCCCAUGUCAUGCGCAUCUUGUCUGCGGAAAAUAUCCCAAAUUUGCCUCCUGGGGGAGGUCUUGCUGGCAAGCGCAAUGUUAUUGAAGCUGUUUAUAGUAGACUGAAUCCACAUAGAGAAAGUGAUGGGAAUAUAAAUUCUAUGAGAUCUGAAUCUUCGUCUGAUUUAUUAUGGCUAUGAAGUCCCAGCACUUGACAGCAGUGCCUGGCAUAUGGGUGCUGGAGAUCUAGAAGACCCAUGGUAGCCUUAUAAACCUUCUAAAAUGCUUUUGAUUCUGAAAAUUGGGGGAAAAAAACUUUUAAUCACAAUUUUCUUCAAUACAAGGGAAAAAUAUUCUUGUGGAUUUCCAACGUUUUGUGAUACGAGCCGAAAAUCAUUAGCAUUUCCCAUCAUUUGUUCACAUUUGUGUUUUCUGAUAAUGCCACUUGUAGCAUUGCCUGUACUGCAGUAUUUUUGCCAACCUCAGGCAUACUGGUUACAUCUGUAUUGAACUUGUGGCCCUAGAAACCAAUGGAGUUACUUCAUCACAAAUAACUAUUGGGCCUGAGGUGCAUGGGAAUAUAGUUAGCUGUCCUCUGAAGAUACAUUAUGGUUUUUUUUUUUUUUAAACAAGACACAACAUAUAAGCAUGUAAGAGUAAAGAAUUAUAUGAGAUGUUUCUUUUUUCAGUUCACCAAGUUGGAAGCCUUUUGCAGCUCUGUGGCUUGAAAUUUCAUUUGAGCAAUUUACUAUAGGAUAUAUAUUUAUUAAUUGUUAUUUAAUUUUUUUCCAAUUUUACCUGUAUUACCAAACUGGGUUCUCCAAUAAUGUCCAAAUUGUAAUGUUGCCUGCUUCAAGAUAAAGUGUAUUUGGCAAUAAUAUUAUAAACCCUUACAAAUUUUAUGCAUGUAUUUACUACAUCCUUCAAAUCUCACUAGAAAAUCUUUGAAACCAAAUGGAUUAAUUUAUGGCUAUUUAUAAUUUGCUUUGACAUCUCACUGCUGCAAAUUUUUUAAAUGAUGAAAUUUGCCUUUAUAAUGUAAAUUGUGAUUUUUGUUUUACAUGUGGGUUUCUAUAGUUUUAAUUUCUCAGCUUUUAAGAUACAAGUUUUGUGUAAUUUGGUAUAAUUUUUAAUUGUUUAUGUUAUUUUAAAAGCUCAGAAUAUCACAUUGAAAUGACUAUAAAUACAUUUAAAAUUAUCUAUUUUAGAUCUAAGGAAAUAUUACAGAGAUAUUUUCAUGGGUUCAAUAACCUUUCAUUUUAUAACAUUGGGCACGGUACAGAGUGGCUGUCACAUAAGGUACUUGAAGAUUAUUAGUUUAAUUCUAUUUUUACAAUAACCUUGAAUUCUUUUUGAGUUUUGCAUGUAUCCUAUUAAUGCUGAACAUGAGAGUAAAAUAUUUAUCUAAAAGAAGCUACUGGGGAAGGAGAAGCAAUGAAUGUAUCCAUUCGUACAUGGCUUACAUGUUGUGGAUGCUUUGUAAACAUUUCCCUAUCUGUUUAAAUUGUGUUUCAGCAGGAUAUAAUUGCCCUUGUGUGUAGUUAAAAUGAGUCAUCAUCUGGUCCUAAGUGAGAUGGAAUUCAUGGUAUUUUCUGUAACAUUUUCCUGAAGCUGUUUCUGGAGAGCUACACAUUUGAAUUCAGACAGCUUCCUUGAUCAUUUGAUUUAUUGUGCACCUGAUUUUUGGUCUAAAAGGAAUUAUUGCCACGAUAUAUUUUAUUUAUUCUUUAGAUUUUAGCCUUGUAAGUUAAAGUGCUUUACAUGAUGAUGUUAAAAGCUAUUUGUCCCUUUACUGGGUUUGGGGGGCUGUUAAAAGAUAGGGAAUGAAGAAUGCAAAAUGGUUUAUUGUUCAAACUGUCCACUCUGAUCCAACCCUGUACUGACAGUACCUUUCCAGUAUGAUAUUGUGAUGUUUCAUACAAUGCAGUGAACAUAACCAACUUGUUACCUAAAUAAAGAAUUGAUAAAAACAGUGUGACACAUUA